CGGCGCUGUACGAGCUGUACGUCCACGGCGUCGACGCGCGCUCAGCGUCAAGGAACGAAGCGCUGCCCAGUCGCUCCGACACAGCGGGCAGCCGGCCGACUCAGCGUCGAGGACAAGAGCGCCCAGUCACAGGGCAGGUAAAGGGCAGCACAGCCUCUCGACGCCGCCGAGGCGACGCAACACCAACGCCGUCGAACACCAUGGAGCCGCAGCCCUCGGCCAGCGACCAGGCCGACAGAGCCAUCGAGAGGAUGCGAGUACGGGAGGCCGAGGUCAUGGGCCACCGCCUGGCAGCUUUAGAGGCGAUGCGCGCCCAGGCCAAGGCGCAGGUCGACGCGGCCCAAGAGCAGAUGCAAGCCAAGAAAUUGGAAAGAGUCGACAAGGCCGUGAGGCACGACCGACGGCUCAAGCGCGUGACGAACUACAAGAUGGCCGAAGACGCGAAACGAUCCGCAAAAAAUAUAAUUCAGCCCGACGCGACCUGGAAGCUCCAGAAACGACUGAAAGAAAGGAAGCUCGGUGCUGAAAAGGAGAGGAGGAGGGCCGUGCGGAAUAUUUAUGAAGGUGGGGCGCAACGCGAGGCUGAGCGAUGUGCGAAGAGGGAUGCGGCACGUAAAAAACGAUGGGAACAAGCCAUGGUCAAGAACGAGGAGGAGGUCAAGAUGCCUUCUCGCGAAGAGAUCAUGAAAAUAGCUGAAGAGCGGACUCGUAGGGACGUAGCUGAGACGCGCAUGAAGGGUGCGGCCAAGGAGCUCGGGUUUUCUGCCGACGUCGAUCCAUUGAUUCUAGAGAGGGAGGUGAAGAAAUCGAUUCAUUUCGAGGUCGGCGAGCGCGUCUACGCGAAUGGCGAGGGGGCUGGCGUCUUCGAGCGCGUGCCCGAGCUCGAUGCCAAAUUCAAGUCCAUCGGCACGUCGGACCAGCGGAAGCGCGAGAUUUGUGAUAUUUGUCAUACUGUAUCGAUGCCUCUGCUGAAGAAGUGUGUGGGAGACCACUACGACUUCUUUUCGCGGGAGGACAUUCAUCGGAACGGGACGCUGGCCGAGAAAGCCCAAGAUCGGAAGCAGCUCCGGGAGGCCGUCGAAGAGGUUGUCAGGGAGGCGGCGAAGGCCGGUUUAACUGAGCUAUCGCGGGACGAAGCCGCGUUGCGGUUAGAUAUAGAGAAACUGCAAAAAAAACUUGUGUCGAUGGGCGCGCCGCCCGACCAACUCGUCGUCGUGCCGUCGUGGUGCUCCUGGGCGCGGAGUCGAGGGUCCGCCGCCAAGGCACCUCUAGUCGUGAGGAGGGCGGCGCUCAAGGGCCAGCUCCACGGCCUCAAGGGCGACGUCAUCGAGGAGUACAAUACACCAAUACCUGCUAUUGAUUUCGACCUGGGACCGAUGCCGGCCACGGGCCCGCGGGGCUACGAGCUGGAGCGCGCCAGGAAGGGGCGGCUGGGCAUCGCUCUGGACGGCGCGGGCGAGACGACGACUGCCGAAAGAGCGAGACGGGAGGCGCGCAAGCAGGCCGAGCUCGCGGAGUGGGCCGAGCGCGAGGGGCUGGGGCACUUGCUGAGCCCGGAGCGCGACGCGGCGGCGCCCGCUCCUGCUUCAAUCGUUGAGGACGCGCCGCCGCCGCCCUUCUCCCCCCGAAUCGACGCCGACGCGUGGCUUGCCGCGGGGCUGGCGCCGCUGAGUAUGUGAGAAUGUGCUAACUUGAAG